UAAUCCACUAUAUGUAUUGAUAAAGAACAUUAUGACAAACAACUAGUUUUCAUAUAUGAUAGAAUUGUGCGUGCGCGAAUACAGAGAUAAUAAAAAGUGAAAAAAUUCGAACACUUUGUCGUGGAUUGUGAUUAAUUAACUGCGUCUUUCAGUCGAUUUGUGUGUCUCCAGAAUACGAUGGAGCAGACGAAGCUACAGAAACAAUACAGCUAUUGUUUGCAGAUCGCGAGGACUGUGGGAGGAGCUGUAACGAAAAAUCGAUGACCUGUGCACGAAGGAUUCCCACGACAUUUCAUCUAACAUCUCUCUCGAGACACCGAUCGAAAUUUGACGGGUGAAUCAUGUCGUCAUCCCAGAGGUCUAGACGACCUAGUGUAUCGAUCUACGAUUAUCCCGAACACUUAAAUCCGUUUAACGAUGAUACGACAAAUUCUCAGUCGCAAGUGUAUCACGAGGGCAAAUCAUCGAAGGAAUCCAAACAUAAAUUCUGGACGUUCGGCAGAAGCCGGAAGAAGAGAUCGAACAGCUUCUCGAUCAAAUCUACUUGGAAUGGAUUGUUUGGAAAACGUAAAGAAUCAUCGGAACCGAUGGAAAAACAGUCGACGAUCACAACAGUUUCGACCACGUACAAGAGAGAGGCUUACGACAGACCAAUAGUACCAUCGCGUCUCUCUAAGGAUCAGCAAGAGUUCGAUGAAGCCCUGGGUACUCUAACGAGGAGGAGAAAGUACACUCUCGAUAAUAAUUCCUCGAGAUACAACUCGAAUUUGACAAUGAACGGGGAUCCCGCUAAGACUUACGAUGGGAAUCCGCAAGACACCACGAUGUCCAUUAUGGGCGUUGAUCUCACACCAAAGCCACCGGUCAGAAGGUUUGGACAGGUGAGCCCGAGGCCGACAGACAAGAUACCAUCUUUGGAUUUCGAAGACAAGCAUCCCAAGCAAAACGGUGAUCUUCAUGACAAAUCGGAAAGAACUCCGGUUCCACCAAUGCGAAGGUUCGGCAAUAGAUCGUCGCAGAGGUUGAACGGAAUCACGUCGGAUCUUGAGGAAGAUCCAGCCAAUCGAUCCGGUAACGUAAGCUUGAAGGAUGAGAAUGAAAACAUGCCUGAAGAUUACGUUUUCAAAAGAUUCAGCCAGGAUGCUGUGAGGAAAUCAAACUUGUCCAUCAAUAGUUGCGUAUCCGUUACCAGUACGGCAAGCACGUACGGACGCAAAAAACGUAGAGCGCCGCAACCGCCGAAACGAAAGGAGCAAUUGGAGACUCCUCUGGAGAGUGACGGUCGAUCAGAGACAAAUAAAACGGAGUCUACAUCAGAGACGAAUAAAACGAAGUCUACAUCAGAGACGAAUAAAACAGAGUCUACACCAGAGACGAAUAAAAUCGAACUCCAGAUAACCGAACCUAUCGACAUCAUCAAAGCCACGGAAAAUAUCGACGAGUUGACAAAGAAGAGCUGCGAGGAGUUGAAUGAAAAAUCGCCGCGAAACGAAGAGAAACGGGACGAAUUACUGUCGAAAACUGCCGAGGAUACAUCAUCCGAUGAUAUUGCGAAAAGCUCCUCAAAGGAUGAAACGUGUGAAGUUUUAAAGGAUUGUUGUGUGCUUGAGGUGAACGAGAAAAAGGAUCUUUUGGAAGGAAGAUCAGCGUGUAACUCCGAUGGAACGUCAGAGAAAGUCGAACUCGAGACGAAGGUAGAGGAGAAAUCGGAUAAGGAACAAUCGAAUACGAUUACCGAGGAUCCUAUCGAAAAAGAUCCCGUGGAUAUAGAGUACAGCAGAACGUCCCAGGAGAAUAUCGAAAUCAUCAAGGACGUCGAUCAAGAAUCUGACGAGAUCUGUUUGAGAAAAAAAGAUUUGUCCGGCCUGUUAUUGCGGAGUGACAGCUUUUCCGUGAAGGAGGAGAUCGAAAAGCUCGAGAAGCAGAUUAAAGCUCUGGAGAACAAGAACGCGUCCAAAGAACAAGAAAAGAUCGAUGACGCGCGUCACGACGACCAGGUGACGAGUGCCCGACUGUCUAUCCAGGCGAAUCGCCGGCACUUCUUCGAGAAUAUGGUGGACAGUCCGUCCGGUCCAAUUAAGUUAGAGUUUAAGAAGUUACCUUGCGAGCAGAAGGAUAUUCAUGUGGUACGAUUAACAGAUCCGCCAAUACCGGUCGCGGCACCCCGGGACGCGGUAAAGGUCAUCGAGCUACACAUUUCCGAACCGAUCCGGCACAAACCAGAGCUUCUGGACGAAAUAAAUCCCAUACCAAAGCCUAGGAGGCAUAGCGCGUUGAGUCUAAGAAACAUGUCCGAAUCCACACUCUCGAAGAAUGGAAACAAGAGCUCGGAAGACAGUGGUAAGAGAGGAUCCUUUUAAAAUCUUGAAAUUUCGUCUACGACUUCGAAUUUACCAGUGAAAUCCUAUUGUGAUUUUUACGCGCAAGUGUAUAAUUGCCUUUAGCUGUAAACUUCGAUACGAGAGAAUCUAUGUACUACAGACGGGCUAUCACUCGAAAGCUGUAUACAUAUUAAGUGUCUUCGCUUCAGACGUUUCGACACAUGACGUUUCUUUGUGUAGAUGAUUUCAUACUAACGACGCAUAUCUUUCUGCGAUAAAAUUCGCUGCAGAAUUCUAGCAUUUCUAUCAUGCUAUAUGAUUAUAGUGAUCUUUUACGUUUCCGACAUAUUGCGAUAUAUAUAUCCGGAAAUAUUUUAAGUAUAAUUUUCAUUAUUUAUUGAUAUGAGAAAUAAAGCCUAAGCCUCCUAUCAUAGAAAUAAAGCUGAAAUCCUAUCCUGUGAUAAGAAAUAUAAUCCUACUUUGAGUCUAUUAAAAACGCAAUAUUGAGCAAUAGUUUGAAAUAAAUCUAUAAGGAU